CGAUAUUGUUGUCUACGAACUUUCGAAUGUGUGCGUUUUACACGUGUGUGUUGUGUGUUUUGCUGUUUAAGCCCCCCUAUUUCUUAUACGUCAUCGAAUCGACAAAAGGCAAAAAACAUCCGUAAAAUUUUAUUAUCUCUCGCUCAUAUUCACCGCGUGAACAGUUGUAUAAAAGUUGUUUGAUUUAGUAAAAUCAUAAACAUGCCGCCGAAAACAAGUGGAAAAGCAGCCAAGAAAUCGGGCAAGGCCCAAAAGAACAUCUCUAAGUCUGAUAAGAAAAAGAAGAAGCACAAGAGGAAGGAGAGCUAUGCCAUCUACAUUUACAAAGUGCUCAAACAAGUGCAUCCCGACACUGGUAUAUCCAGCAAGGCCAUGUCUAUCAUGAACUCUUUCGUCAACGACAUCUUCGAGCGUAUUGCGGCUGAGGCCUCUCGUCUCGCUCACUACAACAAGCGAUCAACCAUCACAUCGAGGGAGGUGCAGACAUCCGUGAGACUGCUACUGCCCGGUGAAUUAGCCAAGCACGCAGUCAGUGAAGGCACAAAGGCCGUCACUAAAUACACCAGCUCGAAGUGAGCUUGACUGAAGCCUUCUGAUGUCGUUAUCGGUUGUAUGACCCAAUGACAACCUCAAAUAUAUAUUUGACUACAUGUUUAUUAUGUUACUUUAUGUACAUAAUUUACAUUUCAAAGGCCCUUUUCAGGGCCACAAAAUAAAUCAAACUUUACUACUGUUUCUAAGUUAUGUGUACGGAACUACGUCUACACUCUACAUCGACACACUUACUACCUAUAUACUAAACACAUUUAAACUAUUAAAUAUACUGUACAUACAUAUAACAUCUAUGACCUCAAACACUACUAAAGAGGGCGAAUAAAAAUGAUAUCUUUCGUUAAUGACGAUUGUCUUAAUGUAAUGACACUUACACUAAAUAAAUAAAUCUAUGCAUCUACAUUUCAUCGGCAACCGCUUACGCGGAAAAAUUUAACAAUAAACAUCAAUCUGAGCUUUUGCAUUUCGAUAUGUAGUUACAAGUUUGCUUAUUAAAUGUAAUUAAUCUUAGUAUAUAUGUAGACAAACACCAUAGACACAAAAAUUAUGAUAUAGUAUAUCUCGAUUACGUUCGU